ACUCCGGCCAGACUCAUGCUGCCGAGAUAAGCACUUCGGCAACGAGCUUGCCGACAGCAGCGGUGCCUCCAGAGAGACCCGGCACCUCGGGCGAUGACGUCGCCACGGCUACACUGUGGAAGGCAGCCCGUUGCCGGGCUGCGCAUUGCCGUGCAUUGGUUCGGAGCGGCGGUGCUGCUGUCGUGCCUGGCCUCGGGCGCGUUGGGCGCCCCGUACGGACGAAGCCAGUGGCUGCGGGUGCCGUUCAAGUACCACGACUACGAGGCCAUGACGGGAGUGCUCAUCAACGCGACGAACGUCAGGCCGGACCUGGCGGCGCUCUACUCCGUCGGACAGUCGAGACAAGGUCGAGAGCUCUGGGUUCUCCUGCUGUCGUCGCGUUCAACGAAUAACAAACUAUUGAAGCCGUCCAUGAAAUACGUCGCGAACAUGCACGGGAACGAGGUCGUGGGCAAGGAACUGAUGCUUCACCUGAUAGAGCACCUGAUCACUGGGUAUGACACUGACCCGCGCAUCCGAUGGCUGCUGGACAACACCAACAUCCACAUCAUGCCCAGUAUGAACCCCGACGGCAUGUCCAUUUCCAGGGAAGGACAGUGCGCCGGCCUUCGUGGACGGUACAACAGUGCCGGCGUGGACUUGAAUCGCAACUUCCCGGACCCGAGUCACACCGUGCGAAACGUGGAGGAACCGGAGACGGCGGCGGUGCGCAAGUGGAUUGACACCAUCCCGUUCGUGCUCUCGGGCAACUUGCACGGAGGGGCCAUGCUUGUGCGGUACCCGUACGACGACACGUACGGACAGAACACGGUGGAGUCGAGGACGCCCGACGACGACGUGUUCCAGCACUUGGCGCGCACCUACUCUCUGAACCACCCGACCAUGCGCCGGUUCUCGUGCGAGCGGCAGACCUACCACGACGGCAUCGUCAACGGGGCCAAGUGGUACCCGUUCAAGGGCGACAUGCCGGACUACACGUACGUGCAAGCAGGCUGCAUGGAAGUCACUCUCGAGCUCUCGUGCUGCAAGUACCCUCUGUCGUAUCAAUUACGACGUUUCUGGAUGGACAAUAUGAAGCCCCUGAUGAAGUUAAUAGAGGAAUCCCAGAGAGGUCUGCGCGGAAUCAUCACCGAUGAGGAAGGAUACCCCGUGGCGAAUGCAAGGCUCAUGAUCAAAGGGCGUUACAUGCCGUUCAAAACAAGCCACAAGGGCGAGUACUGGAGGAUCUUGCUCCCUGGGACGUAUACGCUGAUGGCAUCGUCUCCAGAACACAAUGACGUUGAGGUACCCGUCCAGAUCGUCGAAGGCCAGACAACUGUCGUAAACAUCACGCUGGUUCGCAAGGUCCGCUCCUACUACUCAUCUGACGUUGAGUACGAUAAAUCUGUACAGACACAUGGUAACCUGCUGACCAACAACAAACCCAACCUCGAAGAUGAAUACAAUGUCGACACAACAGACAACUCCCUCGCAGCUCCGAACUUUAACAACCUGGAGUCCUUCGCUUCGCAAGGCAAGAGUGAAGAGCUCCGCGAAAAAGAGGCUCCGUCCCAGUCAAUUGCCGACUACUAUCGCGCUCUGUACCAAGCGAUACGAACUCUGUCAACCGGAGGAGCGCGUCACAAGCCAGGGGACGUCGACGGACACCCACAUAGAGGUGGACCUUCUGAUUUCCAGGAGUUACCACUAGAGAGACGAGCAUACACAUCCGACGGGAGCAGUCCGAUUGGCGCAACAACAAUCCAACGUCGCACAUCUGUCGACGACGAACCGGAGUUCCUCGAAAACACUCAGCUUGAGGACCCUUUGAACUACAGCUAUCCAGUGACGGCUGUUCCGAGAACGACUCCUGCUCCCACGUCACUCCCGCCCUACCAACGGCCAGGAGAGCCCAGUGAGGGCGUUGACCAUGAUGGCGCGCAAGAACGCACCGUCUUUGUCUCAAACGUUGAAACUACCCAGAACCAAGGGAUCACGACGACCGAGAAUCAUGAAGCAACACUGAGCGAUGCGCCAAUCCGUGGCGGCGACGUGCUUGAAGAUAUCGCUGCCGUUACCAGAACGCCGCCGGAAAAAUCGGUUUCCAGCUCUGGAAAAUGGGUCACCGGUGGUCCUUUGGAAAUGACCCUCAGGACGGACACAGUGCACGUCAGUGGACAAAAAGGGCCAUCGAGGACUACUUCUUUUGAACUGGACGAAAACUACACAGCGACGUCGCGGACUCAGCAACACCCAUCGACCACACAGACCACCAAGCCUCCCGUGUAUAGCACCCAAAUGACGGUGUCAUCGCCCGGUGUGACUCAAUACGAGCAAACACCAACGGGACGUGGCACAAGGACGACAUCUGCUAAGCAUGCCGAAAAUAUAGGCACGCACAGCACUACACGUAGUGAUGUGGGAGGCAUUACGCACGUCGCAGUCGAUGUUGAUACGCAAAGCAUGCCACAUAUCUCUAAAACCACACUAACGGCUAUAGGUACAGUAGCAGUCAAUGGCGAAAACAGUGCAACGGCUCAUCACACCGAUGUCAGUGAAGUUUUCAAUGCCGCACCGGUUAGACAGGCACCAGAGAAGGCGACUUACACUCCAGGUACACAUAGAGGAAGCUCGCAGUCGCAUCGCAUGGUCAGUAUGUCGCACCAAGACACGUUGCCCACUUCUAUAUUUGCCAGCGAUACUACGAGGCCCGAAGAACACUCGUCAGAUUUUGCCGCCCCUGAGUCCGAUUUGCGAUCGUCUGCACCGGAAAAAAGUACGGUAGACAUACAAGGUCCAGAAUCUACGACGCAUUUCCCACCUCCUCCAGAAAACCGACCAAGAGGUCAACCGGUCGCAGAAACACCAACACAGGUACCUGCAUCACCCUCGCCUACAGCGAUCCCGGCGACUCACGCGCCAAUGGCAGGCAGGCCUACCAAAAAGACUCACUCCAACGAUCAGACUGUGACUAGUAGCGUUGAAUACGAUCCAGAACAUUCACUUUCAGCGGGGAGAACUAGCUUCUAUGCCAGAACAACAGUCACUACUGGAAGGCCAUCGACGCACGAGGGCACUUCGCGUUUUUCGGCACACCAAGAACGCAAACACGCUGUAAACUUGCCGACGCUAAAUACUGCAGCCAGAGAAGGACAGGGGCCACUUACAGCCACAAGUAGGCAACCUCAGAGCGCCGUAAAACAGGAUAAAAGUGAACCAGAGUACGAAAUCACGCCGGAGAACAAACCUCAGAGUCGUCUGCCACACGCAAACUCGCCUUCUCCUACCGCAGUAUUUGAGCGGAUGCGACAAAGAAAACAAAAUUUGACCUUCCCGACACGGACACCAACAUCGAAUUCUAGCACGUCUCCUUAUUCAUGGGCGAAGGUAGGCAAAGUCGCAUACGGCACGUUUCCGCCACAUGCAGAUCCGCCGAAAGGAAUUUCCGCUGAGGACUUCGAUGAUGAGCCGUUUAGGAGAAUACCGAAAACUACAAAAACACCAAGAAGCCGCCAUGAAGAUUCGAAAACGCAUCGGGCUGCAGGAAUCACUCAGGCGAAGCCUGUGCAAACCACGUUGAAGUACCGCCAAACAACAGUGCGUACACAGAAACCACUGACGCCAACGCUUGUACUAGAUGUGCCAGAACCGACAGCACAAACUAGUGGGGCGUCUUCAUAUUACGGCACUGAGAAAAAUGUGCCCAGUUCCCUUAGCGUGCACCACGCUCCCACCACUCAAAGUAGUGACGAUCGCCAGGAUCAGCGAUCAAGGUCGUUCACUCCUACUGAAAGCAAGGACACCGAGCGAACUCCGGCAGCACCAAGUACCAGGUACUUCGCCCCAACAAAGAAAUAUUCAGUGAAUUCCAGACAAACAUUUGCUCCUCAACCAAUGAGGAGCAGCCAUCUUCGACGUCCAUACAUUCGACCAACGGAAGAGCCACCAAGAGGCGCACACUUGUCCCACUCAACCAACGAGCCCACCACUCGUCGCGUGCCUUCGUUGCAAGACAAUAAUCAAAGUUUUCGUUCAACCAUUCCACAAAAAGCCGUGGAGGUGCAGACGUCGCAGCGAGCAGGAGAAGUGUCAGAAGCAAUCACGGAUCCUGUCGAGACAAGAUCAUCACAGCCAACAUCUCCUGAGCAAGUCGCGAAACAAGAUUCACGGAAAAGUGAAAGCGAAUUGGCCCACUCACUCCCUUAUGUGUCUCAUUCUCGACAGGAGGCUGUUGCACGAGGAAGCCUAGUGACAGCAAAAGAACCUACGGGAAAAGGCGCAACAUAUACGCCAUCCACAAGGGUGUCUGGCAGCUCCGUACAACACUCAGACCCGACGCAGAGUUUUGUUCCAGCCACAUCAGAACGCCACAGGUUCCGGCGUCCGGAGCAUGCGCAAACAGAAACAGUCAGGCCUAUUAAAAGGCCUGUAGUUUACGUAACAUCAGAGGAGAACGCUGGCUAUGUCCCUACAACUCAGGGAUCGGAUUUCGCGUCACCUCAGGAUCCUCAAUCCCCUCAGCCGCGACGAACUAACAGGCCACAACGUCCACAGCAUGCUCUUACGGAAGCACAGGAAAACGCACCGAGUCAGGAGCCACUGCAGACAACAUUGACGGUGAGGCCGAGAACGGUUCUCCCAACAGCGCAGGACUCGUCAUACGUUUCAAAAAAGCGUAUCACUGAAACUACGGAGGUGUCGCAACAAUCGUACACUACGCCUCACAGAGAGCGUUAUUCUCCGUAUCAAGCUAUAACUUCUCGUCCUUCACAGCAGACCUUGACAGAAGCCACCCAUGUGGGUUCUGGACCUUCGUCUGGUUACGAUCAGGAUGCCGUCGCAGUCAGCGAGGCACUUUCGACUUCUCCAAAAUCUUUUCCUCACACACUUCUUGACUCAAACAUUCAGGAGGAGUUCGCAAAUGGGAGACAAACGUCAUCAUCCGUAGGUCAAGACAACGUCAGGGCAGAAGCUGAUCUAGACAUGCCUACUGACAAGGCUGAGUCUGAGGAAACAUUUAAUUCACGACCUUUGCCAACUCCAGCUGUCGCAACGGGGACGGGAACAUCCACGUCGUAUAAACCAUCACUGGCUCCCCAGCCUGCUUUAGUAACAUCUGAGCGAGGUACACCAAGACCGGCGCCGAGAGAACACGUCACGGUUCCUGUUAGGCCGAGAGAGCAACUUAUGAGACCAAGAACUUCAAGCGAACCACCUCAACCUUCGCGAGAAUCCUUCACUCACGAAAAGACUGCAGCAACGUUAGACGGACCGAUAACAUCUGGAGAGCCGACGCAGCUUGGAAGAAUGGUAGUGAAGGAAUUAACAGCAUCACAGGUAGCGAGUCAUCCAGAAAAGAUCUUCAAGAUUCAAGGGACCGUAACGCUGGAAAAUGCAAAUCUAAGACAGCAAGAUACGACAACCGGUGUGACUGGAGGUGUGACGCUCACUCCAAGACCAACAAGAUUCGAUUACAGAUCUAGGCAUACUACGACUGGUCAACAAAUAGCGGCAGAAGUGCCAGAAAAUGAAAACGACCACCGUAUUUUCCCAGCCAGGGCCCCUCCACGAUCGAUAAUCCCACCGACGCAAAGCCCGCCGCUUUACACUGAGACCAGUAGAAAUCGCCCUCAUGAGCCUACAGUACCGCCGCAAUUCUCAACAUCAAGCAUACAUAAGCCGCACAGUUCUCUCAGACCAUUACAAACAGACAGAACACAAUCAACGUUAAAUGCAUCUCCAAAAGCCAGUGCUGUAACUAGUGGAGAUGAGCUACAGUUUGUUGACCAAGGCACCUACAGCGUUCAGGCGGUGUCACCACAAUUUGAAACGAAUAAAGAUCGCGUACAGGCUGCACCGAAAGGUUUAAUUACGACUCAAAGGCAUGUUAGUCAAAGCCCAAGUCACGAGCAUCAGCAGCACGCCAGCACUUCCUACAGCGACCAUCCCUAUCUUCCGAAGACCACUGAAGUUUUUACGCAGACACAAGCCGCUCCAUUCCAACAAACUGCGGUGCCAGUUACGGGUAAUCAAGGGACUGCACUGCAACCACAAUCAACUGACUCUGGCGUCUCAGCGAUAGGAACGGCAUCCGCUAAUGUUGGAGCUGCACAAACGUUGAGCGGCACGGCUCAAGAACGGUUAGUACCUACUUCUCGCACACUUAGGCCCCCUCAAUCUCCCCAUCUUAUGUCCCAAGACCAUAGCGUUCAAAUGUCUCCUCAAGAACUGAGAAAGGCUUUGCUGCGCGCGAUUAACGAGCCGAACACUGUGGCAUUUACGGUGACCCAGAGGCAACAAGAUCUAACAAACACCACUUCGGUUCCAAGGACGAGCAAUGUGUACACUUUCACGACAAAGCACGAACUACACAGUCCACAAGUGGUCGCGUCGCACGUAGAAAAACCUGAAGAGAUGCGGCAGCAGCCCCAGAUAAGUGAUAAGCCAUCUAUGACGCAAUCUACUUACGGAACAGAACGCCAGCAGCAGCCUUUUAGGAAAGCGCCGGAAGAAAAGCGCCAGAUUCGUCCUUCAACGACGCCUGUUUUAUUCGAAUACGAUCCCAAAACCCGAGAUUACAUCAAGGCGACGCAUCACACAUUUACUGGGGGUACUGGAGGCGGUAACACCUUUCCGACACCUGUAGAGCAGAGCCGAACACUUCCAGAGAGAACUCAAAAUUCAUUAGUUGUUAACGAACCACAGACGCCCAGUGAACAUCAUGCGCUUUCAAGAAAUACAGGACGUUCUGAGGACAUGGCGCUAGUGACAGCACCAGCUAAGACUCCCCAGAACUUUCAUCAAGAUUCGCUCACAGAGACAAUACCCACACAAGCAGCUCACUAUGAAAAAUCGACAGGGAAUCCUACGGCAGCACAUUACGAACGUACUAUCCAACGAGAAGAGGAAAGACAAAUUUUACAUGGCCAACAACACCACACUACCCAAUCCAUGUACCCGAAGGCUCGGGGACCCACAGACAGUCCAGGAGUGCACAUGCCUCUAAAUCAGCAUCACACAACUGAGACAAACAUUCCGGUGGGCCUUACUCUUGAAGAUUUCACGCCUGAACAACUGCGCAGGGCCAUUACACUGCUUCUAAAAACAUCCUCCUUCAAGAAACCGGAUGACGCGAGUCGUGAAAGUUCGGGACCACCACAGGAAGGCAAGGCGACUACACCUCACAGCACUCAAGCGGAAACCGACAGCAAUCCUAACGUGGGCUCACCUCGCGAAGGACCUACUACUGCUGAGACACCGAAAACUGUCACUCACACUUCUGGCUCCGGAGGUUUGUCACAUAUCCAUCCAUUAUCACAACAGCAAUUAAGCGCAUCGCUCAUAGAUGGCACACGUAAUCACCAGGAUGGAGCGCGUCAUCCAAAUACCGCAGCUCACACUGAAAGCGGUGACACCGCGCCUACGGUAGUGCCCGUGCAUAUGCAAGACACAUCACCUUCCGUGCCUAGCCAACCUCAGCAGCACGCUUUCCCCGAAUCGCUCAUGGCCUACCAUGACAGCCAGGAGCUUCAUACUGUGCCACCUCAGCUUGGAAGACCUCAGGAGUUCAGGACCACAACUUCGGCUGAAACGUCCACUGAAUUGCCCCAUGGGGAGGGCAAGCCUCUCGAUUUCUCAACGGCCGGACAUUCGGAGGAAAUUAUUCAUGCGAAAGAUUUUGCAAGUCGUCCGGCUACUAGGUUCCCUUCGGACGUUUCGAGCGGCUUUAGUGAGCUCCCCAAACAUGCGCGAACUUUCGACAGACCUUCGUCUCGCGAAGAAUCGAAGGAUUCUGCAGAAAGGAAUUUGAAUAUUCACACAACGACACCGCAACAUAUCGUCACGGAGCAGCCUUCUACGGGUGGCUAUUUCGCUGAUGGUCAUCAUGCUGGAACUCUAACGUCGCAGGAACUGACAUCGCAAGCCCCAGUUCCAACCGAGGUUCGGUACGUGCCUCAAGACAUAUUUACUACAGCUACUCCAUCCCCACCACCCGCGAUCACCACAGUUCCGCCUUCAUCGUUGGCACCGCCUCCACACCUUUUUGGCCACAGCAGUGGGCACCCAACUCGGAGGCCCAGGCCAACCACAAGCGCGCCACCCCUGCCUACCAGCCAAGAGGAAUACAGUGCGGAGCUCGAGAAAGCCAUCGAGAGCUUCCAUCGUCUUAUUAAACCGGAGCGCACGUCUUCCGAAAAAAUGACCUCAGAUAGAUCACCGUCCGGCAAGCAGGCUGUAAAAUUUCAUGGCCCACAAGUUGGACCUUCCAUUUCGAGCGGUGGUUUCACCACUACCCAGCAAUAUUCCACGCACCCAACGCCACUAUUUCAGACUCAGCAGGGCUUCUUCGUCGACCGACUACGCGCAAUUCAACAGAACACCCCUGCUCAUCUUCUUCAAGCGACUUCCCUUAAUACGCCACUGAGUUUGAAUGCGGACCCAAUGGCUCUGUUCAACACAAAUCUUCACCCGCUUCAGUUUGGCGGUGCGCAGCUGCCUUUAGAUGAGGGAAGUCUGCUAAGAUCGAGGUCUUCUAGGGACACACCGGCUAAGUGCUGUUUCGAUUUGCCGAAUGGACGAUUUGUCUUCAAGAUUGGCACAAAGAAGAAGUGAUAGAAUAAUGUUAUUUAUAUAGAGAAACUAUGGAACCAGAAGAAAAAAGAACUACACAGCGCUCAUGUCAAAGUCCUUUUUAGAGGCUCCCGACCUCACCAAACUGGAGGAGAGUGCGCAGAUUGUCAAAACUAUAUGCGAAAAAGACGAGCGGAAAAGGAGCGCGUUUAUAAUGAUUACAAGAUACCAGUCAGUGUUUGUAACUUCGCCAUGAUGUAAGAAAGUGCUGCUUCAGUCCGCAUGAUCAGUGUCAUUGUGGCAAGCAAACACGAAGAAAGUACGUCAUUUUCCAGAACAGUUUCGAGGUUACGGCUAUAUCAACUAAUUUUCAGCUGCUUAAACUCGGACUGCAUAACCACUAUGGUGCGAUCCGAAGUUCUAAAAAGUGAAGCGCGUGGCCAAGCAAGCAGUGGUGAAGGAUAAGCAAGCCAUGGUCGAGAAUAAGUAGGCUGGGUUCUUCAAGCACAGUUGAGAAACUGUCACUCCGUAUAGGUCCCGUAUCCGAGAAAAAAAAAAGAUAUCGAUAUUUCAAAGGAAGGAAUGUACUUACGCCACCGCGCUGAAAGCAAGGGAGUGACAAGCGUCUGGCAAAAGUUAUUGCGUGUCUUCAAGGUAAGCAGAAAGCAGCUACAUACGCGACUGGUCAUUGACGUCUUGUGCUUCGAAAACUGGCGGUGUUUUUCUUUUGUUUUGUUGGCACCGGUGCAUUCCCUGUGGAUCAAUGCAGCGCGCAGUGAGUGCGUGUUGUUGUGGUGACUAGGGCUCUGUGAAGCAUUGUAGCUAGCGCUGCAGGCAGUGCAAUGAACCAUACUGCAAGCCACAUCGGUGAGGACAUUCAACUACUGUGCGUCAGUGUGUUUUUGUGCUGUGAAAUGGUGUCAAACAUUUUUUAUAUGGUGUUUUGUGGAAAGAACUACUAAGUUGUGUGAAGGAGGUGCUGUGUGUCGUGGCUUGCUUUGUACAUUGUUCUGUUCAAGUUUGCGCUUGAAGGAAGCUAGCUCCUGAACCAACCAUUACUGGUGUUAAAUGUACCAUUGCUUCGGCGAUGGCAUUUCAAUACGUGCCAUGGCAAUCGCCAAUAAAGUUUGACUGUGUUUGUAGUUUA